UCAAACUUUUGACUUUUGAAACAACUAAUAAAUAAAUGGAACUCUCUAUGCCUUUGCUAUUUGUAGAUUCUAAUCCAAUAUAUAAGAGGUCUGUCCGUAUCGAAAUCCAUUCUUGAAAACAUAUGGACAAUUUGCUAUUCUUCUUUUCCUCUUUUCUUCUCUUUUCAUCUGUUUAUGCAAACUAUGAUUGCCCCCUGGAUUCCAUUUGUGGAAACAAUAGUUUUGACAUACGAUUUCCUUUUGGACUAGAAGGGCCACGAAAUCUUCAACACUGUACGUAUAAUCCUGGUUUCAAUCUUAAAUGCAACAAUCAAGGCAGAACAAUUCUAAAUCUUCCAGGUGCCGGGGAUUUCUAUGUUCGCGAUAUCGACUACCUGACUCAAGAAAUUCAACUCUACGAUCCAUCAAAUUGCCUUCCUAAAAGGCUUACUCAUUUUCAAAUUCCUUCUUCUUCCGUCUACAAGGCUGUUUCGUAUCGAAACUAUACUUUCUUGACUUGUUCUACAGAUUCGGUGACGUCGCUGUUCAAUGUUAUUGGUUGUAUGAGUGAUUCUAGUACCUCAACUUUAGCUACUUCUUCAAUAAACCUUGCAAGAGAUAUGAAAAGUUUGUACAACUGCAGUAUAAAUAACACUUUGUCUCUACCUGUUUCCUGGACUCCUGAAUUUGAGGCAGUUUUUUCAAGUGAUCUUACUAAUGAUCUUGUGUUAACAUGGGAUGAACCAAAUUGCCAAGAUUGUGAAGCACAACGAGAUCUUUGUGGGUUUAAGAAUGCAACUACUGGAGAAAUUCAAUGCUAUGAUUUUCCAGGAACAGGCAGUACAAAAGGUCUACAAAUUUUCCGAAUUGUUGCACUAGCCUUAGUGGUACCAGCCAUCACAGGUUCAAUGCUUAUAACAUGUUACAUCUGCUAUGAACAAAACCGAGAUAGCCGCCGAGCCGCAGCAGCUCUCCAGAACACUACUGCCGGUGGAGCAGCCGUAGCACCACAACCGGAAACGAAUAUCGGCCUCGAUGACUCGACGAUCGAAUCGUACACAAAAGUUGUCCUAGGAGAAAGUAGGAGAGUUCCAGGGCUAAAUCAUGGAACUUGUCCAAUAUGUUUGGGAGAGUACCAUGCAAAAGAGACAGUGAGAUGCAUACCUGAAUGUGAGCAUUGCUUCCAUGCUGAAUGCAUUGAUGAAUGGUUAAAGAUUAAGGGUACUUGCCCUCUCUGUAGAAAUAAUCCUUCCCCUGUUCAUGUUAAUUCUUCAUAACAUAUUUUCCCCCACAUCUCUAGUCUUGUCUGUAUAUCUUCUUCUGUUACUUAGGGCCAGUUUGCUCGUGAUUUCAAAUCAUGAUUUGAAAUUAAAUUUUGUUUCGAUAUGCAAUUUGGAUUUCUUCAGUUGCGUUUUUUCUUAUAAACACUAAAAUC